AUGUCUCCUUGUUUCGUUGCUACCGUAACUUCACUCCUCCUGCUCUUCUCCCCUAUCGCAUCAUACUGUUCAGUGGAGGAAGGUUUUUCGGAGGCAGCCAUUUCCAGGGCGUCGUUCGGAGCUGGUAACACCCUCAAUGACCAAUCACGCUCCGGCUUUCUUGCAGGCCAGCUGCCACUGGCAACUCUCCCAGUGACUAGAACACUCAAGGAACACGGGAAUGUCAUGUGUGCUCCUACAGUUGUUGAGGCUCAUGGCGUUUGUAAACGGCUCAGGCCUGUACAGAAACCCUAUCCAUGUAAAAAACAGGUGGUCGAGAAGUCAUGCGAAGGCGUGCCAACAACCAUACAGAAAAUGUGCACAAAAACGCUCCAUGAAAAGAAACCUUUCAGGUGCGAAAGAAUCGAAUACAAAAGCGAAUGUGUGCAAACUGUAGAAAAGGUUCGGGAUAGGUGUGUCCAGACUGUAAUCAAAUCAGAGACGUACCAGUGUCCCAAAGUUGACUACGCGACACAGUGCUCGUCAAGACCAGUGCUUGUGCCGGCUGUUUGUAAGCAUGAGGUGCAGAAAGAAUUUCAGUACCCAUGUGAGAAAAUUGUGUCGGAAGAACAGUGCACGGAUACAGAGAUGCAAGUGGACCAGAUAUGCGAGGAGGAAGUCGUCGUGCAGGAGAAGUAUGACUGCAGCAAAACAGUUUACGUCAAAAAGUGCGAGCCGGCCGCUGCUCCGCGAUUGGCUUCUUUGUCCGAAGAAAUGCCUUCUGAUGCCAGUGAAAGAUGGAAUGACGGAGAGGAGGGAAGACGGCGCCUGCGGCCCAAGUACGUCGACAAAGGUGAUACGCUUGUUUUACCAAUGCCAACAAAGGAAGCCCAUGUAUCUUUGGAGAUCUGCACAGACGUACCACACGUGAAGCGGAAGACAUGCACGCGAGACGUGGUGAAAAAAAGCAGGACGCCUUGCAAGAUGACAAAAAAAGCACCGAAGUGUAGCGUAGAGGUGAAGACAAUUCAGGAAAUAUGUACAACGUUGAAGAAGGUCGUAGAACCGUAUGCAUGUACCAAGACGGAACUCCAGGAGGAGUGCUCUACAAUCAAGAAGGAGACGGAGGGCACCUGCAGCCGUGAUGUGCCAGUGGAGGAGAAAGGGCCAUGCGAAAUUGACAUAUUCAAGAGCGAGUGUGUCCCUGUUCAAGUACGUAUCCCUGAUACCUGUUUCGAAGCAAGACCGAAAACAGAAGUUUACGACUGCUCUGAGACAGUACUCAAGUCUGUAUGUCGCGAAGAACUGAAGGAAGUUGAGGAGCAGUGCAUGCGGACAGAAUUCACAGAGGUCGAAUACGCGUGCACUCAUAAAGAGCACGUGGACAAGUGCUUGCCUCUUGACGUCCCUACAAAAAACCAUAAAAUGUCAGCGUAUUCGCCCCCUAAGAAGGAAGAACUCUACAUGAAUGUUCGGCCCAUCCCGGUAGAUUCAGUCAUAAAGGAUUCGCCUCUCCGACGGAAAAAGUUAGUAUUAAAAGAGAAACUCCACAAGCUUGGCGACCCUGACCUCACAGACGACGGGAAAGGUCAAGGCGAGACGGACUCUGACGAAGAGCCUUCCGUGGUUGAAAGCGGAAAAGAAGGGUAGCAACUGGGGCUAGAAAUUGUAUGUGGAUGCGUCCAUGCAUGAAGAAAUUAAUCAAGUUUGUUUGUCGUUGCACGAAAGUGUGAUAAUCAAUUUCAGCAGAGGUAUGCGCGUAUACACAACGUAUCCAUGCAUGUAUCCAUCCAUCUUUCAUUGACAGUUCCACUGAACACACUGUUCAAAUUUGCAGUUUGUUCGCGUGCAUGGCUGCGAGUUGCAUGAUUGGUGGAUUGCAAUACACAGUUUUGCGCCGAAGUGGCCCCGAUAACGGCAACAUGAAUUGUGAAACUCCACCGUUG